AUGGCGAACCGUCAGAUUACUCGACGCAUUCUCAUCAGUACCGCGAUUGCCGUCUUCCUGCUCUUUGUUUUCUUUAUCCGACCUGAAGGACCGCCGAGUCCCGCGAUCCGUGCCCCUGGUCACCUGGAGAAGGCUACGCAGGCCGUGGUCUCCAAAGAUGACCUCACCAAGGGCGAGGUUGUGAUGCCCCGGCUGGGGAAUGCAACCGCGAAAGCCGAAUUGGGUCGUGCGACAUGGAAGUACUUCCAUACCAUGCUAGCUCGAUACCCCGAGGACCCGACGGAGGAGCAGCAGGAAACUCUUCGCUCCUUCAUCUACCUUUUUGCGCGACUCUAUCCAUGUGGGGAGUGCGCUUCUCAUUUCCAGGGUCAUCUGAAAAAGUACCCGCCGCAAGUUUCUUCGCGCAACGCGGCUGCAGGAUGGGGCUGCUUUAUCCACAACGAAGUGAACACCAUGCUCGAAAAGCCGAUCUUCGACUGCAAUAAUAUUGGGGACUUUUACGACUGCGGCUGCGCCGAGGACGAGGAGGGCGAGGGUGGUGAAACUUUGAAGGAUAAGAAGAGUCAGAGCGCUGCUCGAAACGAGGUUGAUAGCGAUGAUGCCGUUUCGCCCGUUGAGAUAUCCAGGGAGCCGACUACGCGGGGUUGA